AUGAUUACUCUGUUGAUGGACAGUUUACUUGGGAAGGAAACCAUUGAAAGGGGUGGGUUUGGGUGGGGCAAAAGUUAGAUUUAGAGGUGGAUCUUUGAUUUCUAAAAAUUUUUUAAGAACGAGGAACAUUUUGGCAUGGGUAGAUUUUUAUUUUUUUGCGUUUUAUAAUAGGGCGGGGUAAUUUUUAAUUUUUAGGAAUGGAUUUGAUUUUUUUUACUUUUUGGGUUGAUUUACUUUCAUUUUUGCUUUUUUAAUAAUAGGGCGGGGUAAUUUUUUUAUUUUGUUAGGGGGUAGGUUUACAAUCUUUUUUCGUUUUUGCAAUAGUAGAGCAGGGUAGUUUUUUUUAAUUUUUAAAAAUGAAGUUGAUUUUUUUUACUUCCAGAUUGUAGUACUAUAUGAAGAAGACACAUUUUCAUAUAACGACUUGAUUGAUUCGACGACAUUGAACGAAAAUGGUGAAUUCCACGUCUCUGGCUACCUCGAAGAUCCAUGGUUUCAUUCAGAAUGCGAGCCUUAUAUUCGUGGGUAAGUGGAAAGAACUUUCUUUACAAAACAAAAAAUAGCAAGAACUUUCUUUACAAAACAAAAAAUGGCAAGAACUUUCUUUACAAAACAAAAAAUGGCAAGAAGUUUUUUUACAAACCAAAAAAUGGCAAGAACUUUCUUUAGAAAACAAAAAAUGGCAAGAAGUUUUUUUACAAACCAAAAAAUGGCAAGAACUUUAUUUACAAAACAAAAAUGGCAAGAACUUUCUUUACAAAUCUUAAAAUGGCAAAAACUUUGUUUACAAAUCCAAAAAUGGCAAGAACUUUCUUUACAAAACAAAAACAGUUAAAGCACUAAUUUUUAAAAGUUUUCAGCUUCCACCAAUGUGGUCAUCCUGGCAAACAAUGUGUUAUGAGUAAAAAGAGUUUGAAGAUUGAAUAUUAUGGAAAUCCAGGCAAAUUCGACACGGUCGACGAGAGAGCCGAUGUCCUAGCCUUCGAAAAAAUGUAUCAUAAGUUCCCGAGUUGCGACUAUGUCAGAGAAGUCAAUCAGCCUUACACUAAUCCUAACCUAAAUGGAUAA